AUGAUAAUCAAAAAGACAUAUUCACGAAGGAUCAUUCUCGCGAUAAAUAAGUAUGGGCUAAAUCCACUUCAUUAUUAUCAAAAUCGAUACAUCGCCUAUGGAAUCAAUAGUUUUAGACCAUAUCAUUAUGCUAUUACCGAUAGUUUGGUACCAAAAAAAUGGGAAAAAGUGAUUGUAGCAAUGUCUGGAGGCGUAGAUUCGAGCGUUACAGCAUAUUUAAUAAAAAAACAAGGGUACAAUGUUGAAGGUAGAUAUAUGCGAAAUUGGGAUACGACCGAUGAAGUUGGUGUAUGUACCGGCGAACAAGAUUGGAUGGAUGUGCAGAAAGUGUGUGAUCAGCUGAAUAUUUCUUGUCGAAUGGUUGAUUUUACCAAAGAAUACUGGAUCAAAGUGUUCACGCGAAUCAUAGACGACUAUGCAAAUGGGCUUACUCCAAAUCCUGAUGUUCUUUGUAAUCGUGAUAUUAAAUUUGGUGUAUUUUAUGAAAAGUAUUUAUCACAAUCAUUACCAGAGAGUGGUGGUUGCAAUGAUGAAAAUAUAUGGAUUGCGACAGGUGUUGUGUUAAGACAUUAUGCACAGAUCGAAAGAGCACCAAAUGGCAGAGCUAAAUUAAUGCGAGGUGCAGAUUCGAAUAAAGAUCAAAGCUAUUAUCUGUCUACUGUGCCUGAAUGGCGGCUUCGUAAAAUCCUAUUUCCAAUUGGUCACCUUCAAAAACAACAAGUUAAAUCCAUAGCACGUGAAGCUAAUCUGUUAACCGCCAACAAAGCAGAAAGCAUGGGAAUUUGUUUUGUGGGGAAUAAGGGUAGAAAAUUUGGUGAUUUUUUGGAGGAGUAUAUUUCUGGGAAACCGGGUGAUAUAGUUACCGUUGAUGGAGAAGUUAUUGGAAAGCAUAGAGGAUUGUACAAGUAUACCAUCGGACAAUGUUCAAGAACGCAUCAUGGUCCAGAUCGAUGGUUUGUAUUAGAAAAAGACAUGGAAAGGAAUACAUUGAUGGUUGUACCUGGUUCGGAAUUGAUUUCACGCGAUUGGAACUGGAGCUGGGAUGUGCUUCCUGAAAACAUAGAAAAUGGUAUAGAUCUACUAGGUCAAGUAAGAUAUCGACAAAAAGCACAGAAAUGCAAGUUGACAUUAAGACCAGACGGAAAAUUAAAAGUGGAGUUUGAGACGCCUAUACGCGCUAUCUGUCCGGGACAGAAUAUCGUUGUAUGGGACGGAAACUGGUGCUUAGGCGCAGGCGUUAUCGAGUCCACGAUACCAAUGGUCGGUAACUAG